AUGAAUCCAUCUGUGUGCAAUACUCUCGGAAAUAUUUUGGGAGUUCAAUGUAUGAAGGAAAAUGAGAAGUAUCUAGGGUCUCCUCUGAUUAUUGGUAAAUCUAAAGUGAAAGCUUUUGAAGACAUUCAGUUGGCCUUUGAAAGAAGACUUGGAAAUUGGCAAGGUAUUAAUCUACAUGAAGUUGGCAGAACUACAAUGGUUAAGGUUGUGCUUAAUAUUGUUCCCAUGUAUCAGAUAAGUACAUUCAAAAUCCCUAAUACUCUUAUUAAGAAACUUGAUACACUGCAAAGAAAAUUUUGGUUGGGUUACAAGUCUAAUAGAGGGUUAAAUUUAAUUGGUUGGCAUAACUUGAGUAUAUCCAAGGAUUUAGGAGGUUUGGAAUUCAGGGAUCUGGAAAUGUUAAACCAUGCACUACUCACUAAAAUUCCAUGGAGAAUUUUUCAAAACUCUGAUCACUUGAUAACUAGAAUUCUCAAAGCUAAGUAUUUCAAGAAAGAAGAAUUUUUACAUAUUGAAGGAGAAAUAAAUAACUCUUCAUGGACUUGGAAAGGGAUUAAACUUGGUCUUUCUAUACUUCAACAACAUUAUAGUAUGGAGGUCAACAAUGGUAAGGGUACCAAAAUAUGGGUUGAUAGAUGGAUUAUUGGUCUGGACAUCAAAGUGGAGCCACUUCACCCAUCACACCUGCAGUAUGUGUUUGUCAGUGAGUUGAUUCUACCAGAUUAUAAUACUUGGAAUAUGCCUCUUCUCAAUACUUUCUUCUGA